GGAGCCCAGCUCACACUUAGCUGGUUCUCCCGGAGAAUCCAGCCUCUACGCUACAACGCACGCUUGAUGUGCGCUUAUACCGGGGCGGAUGAUCUUCUCCGAGUUACCCGCCACGAUCUUCCGGCCGACUCUCUGAAGAGGAGGUUCAAGACGUUGGUGAAGAUUCCGAGAGGCCAACAGGUCCCGGAAUUGAUCAAGGACAUAUACACAAACGACCAGUGUCCUCCGCUCAACACUUUGGCGGAGGAAAGCUUCCGCACCAUUCUUCGUGUUCCCGUUAGCGGCGACGCGGCGGAGGAGGCUCCGGACGACGACGAGGAGGAAGAGGAGCAAGCACCCCGCAAGGCGGCCCCUCGACCUACAAAGCGUCCCCGCGCCAAGGUUUCCGGCACUGAAGCCGGGACUAGCGGCGAGGCCUCCGCCAAGAAGCCCAAGACGUUAAAACCACCUCCGCUAGACUCGAGGAAAGCGGAGCGUGCGCGCCUAAGGAUGCUUUCAACAGCUGGCCAGCGCACGCGCCCCAUCAUCCCCGGCGCCCCGAAUCCGAGUGCCGCUGCCACGCGGACCACCAGCCAAGAACCCAUCACGAAAUAUAUGAAAAAAUCUCCGGCUGUUGGUCCUUCUACUCCAGUUCCACCAAGUGCCUCCCACCCAACUCCUCAACCGUCACCCCCUCAGGCUGAUCCAUCUCCCCCUCCUGCCGCAAAUACUCCACCGGAAAUAAUUCCGGUUAGCAGCGGGCAUGCGGGCGGAGAAGAUCCUAAGGCCAAGGGCCCUGCCCAAGAAAACGCGGAAGUACAAGGCCAAGGAGAGGCUGAAGUCACUUCUUUCGAGAAGGCUGGAGAGGGCGCUGGCGACAUGGUCGUUUUUCCGAAGAAAUUUGGAGAUCCGGCUGACACCACUUCCACCCCCAAGGCGUAUGCUACCAAGUUUUUCAACAAGCUGUCCGAGGCGGAGAAGUGGGAACUUGAACAGGACCUGCUCAACGCCAUGCUGAACAACGCCUGGGGGAAACCUGACUCCAGGACAUCGGAAAUCCAAGACUUCAAGAAGAACGUCGGUCAGUUCUUUGACCAGCUCAUCUGCAAGCAAAAGGAACAGCAGGCACUGCACUAUGAGCUGCACAAGAACAUUGCGCUUCAGCGCCGCGUUACUCUGAAUCAGGCGGAAAAUAUCCGGACUCUGAAGGAUGAGAAUGCGGAACUGACCAAGCAACUGGCGGACGCCCAAGGCGCAUCCUCUUCCCUUGCUACAGCCUCAUCUGAACUUGAGAACCUGCGCUCCUCGUACCAAGAUUUGGAAACGAAAUUAAAGGAGGCAGAACUAAAGAGGGAGCAGGCCGAGAAGCAGCUGGCGGAGAAAAACUCCGAACACAUCAGGGAAAAGGGCGAGAUGUUGCUGAAGAAAAAUGCUGACAGCGAGACCAUCAAGAGGCAGCAAAAAGAGCUCAAUGGACUCCGGAAAUAUAUGGAGACCGCGGAGCAUCACUGGGACUUGCUGAACGAGAACAUUUUGGAGCCACUUGGUUAUCCGGAGCAGCGCCGCAAUUUGUUCCCCCGGGAUGACCUUCUUCAACUCGCAGGCGAUGAUUGCAAAGAUCUCAUCUCCGCCUCCCGCAAGAUAUGCUACAACUUAUCCAUCAAGAGGAGUCGCACAUGCAACGUUCGCAAGCUUGUUGGGAAGAUGGAUGUUCUGCCGGAGCUGGUGACGGAUCUGCAAGCAUCAUCAGCCCGAGGCGCAGCUGCAAUGGCCUUGACCAUGUGCCUAGCACAUAAUCCGGGUUUUGAUCUUGAUCAAGUGACCACGGGCCUUGUACGGAGGUAG